CUCUAGCCACUUUGGCCCAAGCCUUUGCUCAAGGCUCAAGCGUCACCACACGGGAGGGACAUCGCAGGUCUGCGCGGCUGUAGUUGCGCAGGGCAGCCAUGCCGGCCAACUCUGAGAAGGAGCACCUGUCCAUCGUGAUUUGCGGGCAUGUCGACAGUGGCAAGACUCGAGAAGCUGAAGGCGGAGGCCGAGCGCCUGGGCAAGGGCUCCUUCGCCUUCGCAUUCUACAUGGACCGCCAGAAGGAGGAGCGCGAGCGCGGCGUGACCAUCGCUUGUACCACAAAGGAGUUCUACACCGAGAAGUGGCACUACACGGUCAUCGAUGCCCCGGGCCAUCGCGAUUUCAUCAAGAACAUGAUCACCGGCGCUUCCCAGGCUGACGUUGCGCUUAUCAUGGUUCCAGCCGACGGUAAUUUCACGACCGCUAUCGCCAAGGGCAACCACAAGGCUGGCGAGAUCCAGGGGCAGACACGCCAGCAUUCCCGCUUGAUCAACCUGUUGGGUGUGAAGCAAAUCUGCAUUGGCGUCAACAAGAUGGACUGCGACACCGCCGGGUACAAGCAGUCCCGCUACGAUGAGAUCGCCAACGAGAUGAAGAGCAUGUUGGUCAAGGUUGGAUGGAAGAAGGACUUCGUCGAGAAGGGCACGCCAGUGAUGCCCAUAUCCGGCUGGAUGGGAGACAACCUUCUGAAGAAGUCCGACAACAUGGGUUGGUGGAAGGGCUGCGAUGUCGAGUACGGCAAGGAAACCAUCCACGUGGACACCGUAUAUGAUGUGCUUGACGUGAUGUGCCGCGUGCCAGAGAGGCCCACCAGCGCGCCAAUGCGCAUGCCGAUCUCUGGCAUCUACAAGAUUAAGGGUGUCGGCGAUGUGCUCGCCGGGCGCGUGGAGCAGGGCGUUGUCAAGCCUGGCGAGGAGGUGGUGUUCUUGCCAACGCACACCGCCUCGAACCCGUGCACUGGCAAGGUGUUCACCGUGGAGAUGCACCACCAGCGCGUCGACUUCGCCAACCCGGGGGACAACGUUGGCCUCAACAUCAAAGGCCUCGACAAGAACAACAUGCCCCGCUCGGGCGACGUGAUGGUCUACAAGAAGGACACUACCCUGGGUCAGACGAAGGAGUUCGACGCGCAGAUCCAGGUGCUCGACAUCCCCAACGAGAUCAAGGUCGGCUACUCCCCGAUCGGCUUCGUGCGCUGCGGGCGCGCGGCGUGCCGCAUCAGCAAGCUGAAGUGGAAGAUGGGCAAGGAGACCGGCGGCAAGAAGAUGGAGGACCCCCAUUCCCUCAAGUCCAACGAGAUGGCCCAGUGCAGCUUCCAGCCCCAGCAGCCGCUGGUGUGUGACACCUUCAAGAACUGUGAGGGGCUGUCGCGCGUUGCGUUCAUGGAUGGUAACGGCGUGGUGAUGCUUGGCAAGGUCAUCUCUUGCGAGCGCAAGGAGGAGGGCGGCGCUGGCGGCAAGAAGAAGUAAGCCGGGAUAGCGGUCCCGCAGUCGACGUGACGAAUGUUCAAACACGUAUCGUGCCGCCCCGGCCGUGCCAGAAGUUUUGGUAUGACAUUCACUUGGCAACGGGCGGCGCCGUUUACGAGGAUCACGGUAGGCUCAAUAAAACUAGUAUAUAGAUCUCAUGUGCUGGGGUACCGGGGGCCCAGGCCCCGGGCCGGCACACCCUGC